ACAGACGCGUGAUGACUGGAUUGACCCUGCAACCGCACAUUACAAUAGCAACAGAAAGCCAUUGUGCCGUAAGAGACUGCUGCACUUGCCCGAGGCUGACUUGCCAAGUGUCACAUAGAGACACUGACAGAGUUAAUAGACGAUCUGUUGCACCAGGUCACGUAAAGAACGGCUUAUGUUGUGUUAUUGCCCACAAGAUAUUAAAAAACCUGCAGAAAGAAGUUUGGAGCAAGAGGCAGCGAUCAGCCAUGGAAGACCUGUGGAAGAAACACUGGGAGACCUUUCACCAUGGGACGAGAGAAACCUCGGACAUACUGGAAUGGGGCAUGCAUUCGGUCCUGUUCAGAUCUUGUUACAGUCACUUAGAAGCAAUGACAGAUCUCGUAGCCGUUUGGGAUGUUGCCUUAAGUGAUGGUAUUCACAAGAUUGAAUUUGAACAUGGGACUACUUCAGGAAAACGUGUUGUAUAUGUAGAUGGAAAGGAAGAGAUAAGAAAAGAAUGGAUGUUCAAACUGGUGGGCAAAGAAACAUUUAAUGUUGGAGUUGCAAAAACAAAAGCUACCAUAAACAUAGAUGCUGUCAGUGGUUUUGCUUAUGAAUAUACACUGGAAAUUGAUGGGAAAAGCCUCAAGAAAUAUAUGGAGAACAGAUCAAAAACAACAAAUACUUGGGUUUUACGUUUGGAUGGUGUGGAUUUUAGAGUUGUGUUGGAGAAAGAUACUAUGGAUGUUUGGUGCAAUGGUAAAAAAUUGGAGACAGCAGGUGAGUUUGUAGAUGAUGGAACUGAAACUCACUUCACUAUUGAUAAUCAUGAAUGCUAUAUAAAGGCUGUCAGUAGUGGAAAACGAAAAGAAGGGAUUAUUCAUACUCUAAUAGUGGAUGAUAAAGAAAUUGCAGAGACUUUUGAGUGACUACCUGUUUAUGAAUUUGACAGUUGCAAAGUAAAAAAAAUCAGGGAUUUUAAAUUACUGUGGUAAUUUUAUUUGUAUUUUCCCAUAUGUUAAUCUGUGCUAUACUUAUUUUCUAGUUAUAUAAAAUUAAUGUUCAUAGUUGAGGCACAGAGGAAAAAAUUUGAUUAUGUAUAAUCUUAGAUAAUGCAAAUUAUUUUGUAAAUAAUGUAAAAUGUUGAGUAAAAAAAAAGAUGUAGACUAAAAUAGCAAAUGUUUUAAAGAGGGAAACUUACUAUAAUAAACUGUAA